GUGUCUUUUUGCAGUUAUUGUUGCGCGUUGGAACGAGUAAGUCUGUGUGAAUAUAUAGUGUUCGAACAAGAAAUUCUGUGUGAGAAAAUUAAUAAAAACAUUAUUCAAUAAAAAUGACUAAUAAUAAUGAAGAUCCUCUGUUUACUAUAAAUUUUAUUAAGGCGGUAGAGAAUCGCCCAUGCAUAUAUAACUAUGGUUUAUCCGAGUAUAGUAAAAGAAAUAAAACAGAAAAGGCAUGGAAAGAGGUGGCGGAAGAAAUAAAAGAUACAGGUAAGAAAAAUAUGUUUAUUAUGCGUAUUUCCAUUGAAUUGGUAUUGAUCCUUCGGCCGUCAAAAAAUAUGUCAACAAUGGAAAAGCCUCAUCACCACAUAAAUAAAAAGGAAAAGGUUCAGCAUCUUCAUUUCCUGGCAAAGGUUUUUGAAACUAUCACCUGUAGCCAGAUACCUAAAAAAAAAUACAAAUUUCAACCAACCGCCUCUACUUUUAUUUAUGUAUGUUUUAUCUUUUUAGUGCCUAAUUGUCGCGAACGCUGGAGGAAUAUAAGAGGAUCCUUUUUAAGAUCGUUAAAAAAACCACGAUCCGGCGCAGGAACUAACGAAAAGAAAAAAUAUUACCUCUCUGAUCAUUUACAAUUCAUUCUUCCUUUUACCAAAAGUAAAGCAAGUACUGGAAAUCUAGAAACAAUCGAUGAUAAUUCUGAAGAAGAAAAUAGCGAAUCCCAGGAAAAUACGGAAAAUGAAGACCUGCAUUCUCAACCGCAAAAUGAUGAAAGAAGUCAAGAUGGCAAUGCAUCUAAUUCGCUAUCAGAUUUAAUUACAAAUGAGAACGUGAAUGUAACAAGUAGACAAGAAGUCACUACACCUACUAAUAUAGCAAAAAAGAGAAAACUGUCUCAAAUUUCUUCAUUACCUCCAAAUCCUGUUGACGCUGCUUUUGUGGGGUGGCUUAAGAACAAAAAAGAAAGAGACGAUAACAAAAAUGAUGAUCCAAAUAUGUCAUUUUUACGAAGUUUAGUACCAGAUAUGCGUAAAAUGACAGAGAAGCAAAAUCGCCGAUUUCGGCAAAAAGUUAUUGGGCUUGUAGAUGAAAUAUUGGAAGAUGCGGAUAUUAGAUCGUAUAGGAAUACUAAUUCAACAUGGAGCACCAAUAGCAGGACUUCGGCAGGGUCAUAUUUUGUUGCUUCUUCAACGCCUAGUCCAAACACGCCAUUAGGAGAAUGGCCUGUGCAGGAGCAAAGGGCUGAAACGUCCACAUUCGAAAAUCAGCAUACUACAAGCGACUACGAACACACAUGGUAUCUACUUACCGUAAUGUUAUCAAUAAACGCUCCUCAGGGGAAAUCGCAUCCCUAAAAUGAGUAUCUUGCUUUUCUAUCUUAGGUCCUACCAUAUGCAGUAACUGAUUAAAACUUUCUUUGGACAUUCUAUAAAACUCUUUAAAUUUUUCUGGAUUGAGCGUUAAUUGCUCUUUUGUAACAGAAGCUGGAUUAUGUACUAUGUUAUCUACAAAUAGAGGAUGAAUCCAAAAACGGCGCUGCUUUCUUUUUUGUUUCAAUCGUCUUCGCAAAUAUUGCCAAGCUACUAUAACAUCCUCCUCGCUUGAAGACAUUUUGCUUACUGCAAGCAAACUAAUGCUGC